AUGAGGUCAGAGGGAGGAACAAGCACUUUCAUAAUCCGAUGGAUAAAUUUUCUUACAAUAUUAUUAGCUGUUGGAGUCAUAGGUUUCGGAGUGUGGAUGGGCAGUCAUCAAGAUAACUGUAGGAAAACACUCACGCUGCCGGUUAUAGGCUUCGGAACUGUAAUCUUUGUGGUAUCUGUCAUUGGGUUUCUUGGCGCGUUGAAGAACAACUUGAUCUUGUUAUGGAUGUACCUUAUCUUGCUUUGCCUCAUACUGGUAGCAAUUUUGGUCUUCACGGUUUUGGCGUUUAUAGUAACAAAUAAUGGCUCGGGUCAUAAUGUGACUGGUCUGAGGUAUAAAGAGUAUCAACUUCAUGAUUACAGUUCCUGGUUCUUGAAUCAACUUAACAACACUGAGAAUUGGGAGCAUUUGAAGAGUUGCCUCGUCAAGUCUGAGGACUGCAACAAUCUUGCGAUAAAAUACAAGACUCUGAAGCAAUAUAAAAUGGCAAAAUUAAGCCCCAUAGAAGCCGGUUGCUGCAGACCGCCAUCCGAGUGUGGAUAUCCAGCCGUGAAUGCCUCAUACUUUGACUUAAGCUUCCACCCGAUCAGCUCAAACAAAGACUGCAGACUUUACAAAAACUCAAAGGCUGUCAAGUGCUAUAAUUGUGAUUCGUGCAAGGCUGGAGUCGCGCAGUACAUGAAAAUCGAGUGGCGGGUUGUUGCAAUCUUCAACGUUAUCCUCUUUGUUGUCCUGGUAUUUUUUGUCCCCAUCUCUUAG